AUGACAUCAUCUGUCAAAGUUCUACCGUUUGACUUAAUCUAUCAAGAAAUGCGUGAAAAAAUAAUGCAAGGAUUGAUGAGCGUGAACACAAGGUACCCGGGAUCAUCAGAGGACAACCCAACAGUUCUCCAAUUAGCUUUAAGUAGAUACGACCCGGAGUUAAUAAAUUACCUGCUGGAUAACAACGUGAACGUGAAUAUGACUUCAAAGUCAUACGAGCCAGCAUUGAACUUAGCAAUUCGAAGUUACAGUUCAGAUCUGGUCCACAGGUUGCUUCAAAUUGGAGCAGAUGUGAACAUUCAAUCGGUCUUCGAAGAACCAACUUAUCAGUACACGACAAUCCACAGCGCAGUCAGCGAGGAAAUAAAAGAAAUCAUGGAACAGUUGCUGAAAAAUCAAGGCAGCGAGAGCAUACACUUGGGGGACAAGGGAUACUUCAUAGCAAUGGGUUACGAAAAUUUUAAUCCUUAUGAAAGAGUUCUGGAUCCGGGAAUUGACAUAAUCCCCAUCCAGAACGUGCUUUCGCCUUUACAUUUGGCGGUUGACAAAAGUCAUUUGCGAGUUAUAAAAUAUCUGAUUGAUCAUGGUGCUGAUGUAAAUGCUAUUUGCGACGAUAAAACGCCGCUGUAUCUCGCAGUGGAAAAUAAAAACAAAGAAAUUGUAAAGCUGCUAAUUAAGAACAAAGCUAAAGUUAAUAUAAAAACAAAACCGUGGCCGCUGGUCCAGCUAGCGUCGAAUUCUAGCAAUUAUGGAAUUCUGAGAGUGUUGUUGGAUGCUGGAGCUGAUGUUAAUUCAAUAAGCUACGGCAUCACGGCGUUGUUUAAAGCUGUCAAUAGCGGAGACCUUCCAAUGACUGAGUUUUUGAUCAAUCAUGGCGCUGAUCCUGACGCUCAAAAUAAUUCAAAACAUAUUUUACAGGUCGCGGUCAAGUCUGAGCAACCUUCGCUGGUGAAUUGCUUGCUGAAUGCUGGAGUUGAUAUCAAUUUUGUCAGCAGCAAUGGACUUGCGGUUGUUGAUACUCCAAAUGCCUCGGAACGGAUCAUAAGUCCGAUAAAAAAUUAUAUUGUCAAGCUGAAAGCUGCUAACUUUCAUCUCAUUGGUGUCAAUUUAGACGCUGUCAGUGGGAAAGAGUUUGAUGAUUUUUACCGGGAUUGCUGUAAUGAAGUUGAAGCUCUGAAACAAACUAUUAUCAAUGGAACUAGCUUGAGUUGUUACAGUGUGUUGCAUAAAUCGCACCAGAGGCUAGCGAUAGGAUUGAAGAAUAUUGAUGAGGAUAAUUUUCCUGUUAACAGUAAGUUGGAAUCAAUGUUUCCGUUGUACGGAAAACUUGUUUAUCAUCAUUUAACCAGAGCGUUAGAAAGGAAAAAGUUUGUGGAAAAAGCUGGAGAGCUUCUGUAUGAAGUUUUUGGUCGGAAAUUGCCGGAUACUUUUACUAGAGAGAUUUUUUAUUAUUUAAAUAUUAGUGACUUGAAAAUGAUGAGUAAGAAUGUAUUAUAUUUUGUGAUGUAUCAAUUUAAUAAUUUAAAGUCUGGUUUUUGGGCGUCUACUUUAAUCAUCAAUGAUGAAAAAAAUAUAAAAAUAAAUUUGACUUACGCUGUUGCAGUUGUCAGUUAUACACUCCAUAGUCCGAAAGUCUACCUCAACUGCUUGAACCUUUAA